GGGACGACCCUGAGUCUCCGGCAAACAGGAGUUACUGUGGGAUAACUGGAUCCUCCGGUGCGGAAUGCUCCCCAGACCCCGGGCGUCCAAGUGCAAUCAGAUCUGCGUCGGCCCUGCCGCCAGUGCUAGUGCUGCUGCUGCUGCUGCUGCUGCAGCUCCUCUCUCUCACUCAUACCUGUUCUUCACUUUGCCUGCAUUUUUCCUGCUAUCCGGCCUUUCGACUGCGGAGAGCAUCUGCCUGGCUGCCUUAUCAGGCAUCCUGCUGGCAAGCCGGGGCCGUUUUCUAACACAUGCGGACAGACCCGGGAGCCUGCCCCUGUGCUGCGGCACUUUUUUCCUCUCUCUCUUUUAAUCUGUGCCAAACUCUCUCCUCUCUCUCUCACGCGCGCGCGCGCUGUCGGAGUGGGCAUCGCCAGGACUGGACGGCAGGCUUUUUUUUUUGUUGUUGGCGGAGGUGUUGAUGGUGGCGCUGGUGGAGGGGGGGGAGGGAAGGGGGCGAAGAGAUUCCUCUGCAGGACUCUGAGAGACCCAGACGUCUUUCCACGACCUGCUGCCCGGGACACUCUCUCUCUCUUUCUCUUCUCCUCCUCCUCCUGGACGGGACAGGAUGGGACGGGACAGGACAGGAACGCCGUCCCCGUGGCAGAGGUGCCUGCGAGCGGGCAAACGCUGUCCCCUCGGGUUCGUGCUCGCCCUGCUGAUAGGGCUGUGGUAUGUGGAGGCUCUGGAGGUGUCAGUGGGGAAGGUGCCCUCUGUCCAGGCCCUGAAUGGAUCCACAGUCCUGUUGCCCUGCACCUACAGUACCUGUAUAGGCAUUGAGAACCUCUACUUCAACUGGCACUUCAUGGACAACGGCACAGAGAGAAAGAUGUGCGAGGCUGUGAUCAAGGCCACCGGGUUCGAGCCCUCCGUGACCUACUACCACGACCGCGUGCGGUUCGUGGGCACCAGCCGCACCAACAACAUCUCGGUGGUGCUGGAAAACGUGACCUUCGAGGACGAGGGCAUCUACGUCUGCUUCGCCCGCAACCCCAAGGAGAAGAACCACAACCACAGCGCCAAGUACACCGUCACCGUGGUGUCCGAGCUGCUGGAGGUGGACAACACCCUCACCGUCAUGAUCGCCUCCGCCGUGGGAGGGGUCAUCGGCCUGAUCAUCGUCAUCAUGGUGCUGAAGGCGCUGAUCCUCUUUAUCAUCUCCAAGACCCGCGAGAAGAACAAAGAGUGCCUUGUGAGCUCCUCAGGGAUUGACAACACGGAAAACGGUCUCUCCGGCUCCAAAGCCGACACAAAAGGACAGGCAAAGGCGUGAGGACGAGAUCGCGUGGCCACACCGCAUAGCUCAACCUAAACACGUAUUAUAACCACGGACUGUUUUCCUUUGUAAGAAGAAAAAACAAUAUUCAUAUAUAUAUAUAAAUCUCUAUUUUAAACUAUGCUUGAGAAACGGGGUACACGCGAUGUAUCCUCUUAGAAUCUGGGCUGGAUAACACUCACCCCCACCGCCACCGCCACCCCCCCCGGUUUAAUCUGCAACAAGCUGCUCCCGAAUUGGACCGCCAGUCCGAUCCGCGGUCCGGGUCAAAAAAAACUGAACCCGGCCAGAUUCGAAGCGGGUUUCACACCGGGCGACAGGGCCCGGGUCACUGGGGCGGCUCUGGGGCUCCAGAAAUGGCCAGAGAGGGGUAUUUUCUUUUUCCUCCCCUGCCGUCGGAGGGUGCUGCAGUGAAGUCUGGGCGUUUCUGGGCCCAGAGUCUCGCGGGACGGACGAGGAGGAGACCGCAUCGAGUUCCACUUCACGGCCCGCGGUUCUCUGAAGCAUCCGACAGACGUCCCCCCUUCCUGAACACAGACCAGCGCGCGCCAGAGGCAGAGGGAAAGAGUGCUGAUGGAGCUCCUCUCUCGUUUUGACGACAGACUCUUUUCCUCGCAUUUAAAACAUUAGUCCAGCGUCCCGAUCGACGCAGUCAGACGCACUGCAAUCUCGCCUGUGGUUUCCUCUCUAAAGACACAUUUCUUGCCCGGAGGGAGAGCGGUGCUCUUGCAACAUCCAGACACAGAAGAGGACUUCAGCAUGAACUGGACGAAGUUGGCGGUUCGGUACCAAUUGGACCUUGAGCGCCACCGUCUGGGGGGUUUUGUUUUUUUUCCUGAUGCACAAAACAAUCAGGAAGGCGAUGAAGGGGAGGACGUUUGCUCGUCCCAUCAUCCUCUCUGAGGGAGGCGGCACAGUUUGGCUCCGUUGCGACUGGUCCAAAGAAGACGAGCAGGCGGCAGACGAAGCUGGCAGUGGCCUGAGCUGUUUGCCUACCGGGACCCCACCAGAUCUGGAAACCGAGGACCCCAGCAGUCAGCUAUCCCCUCACUCCCCCCUGCCCCCAGCAGCCCCCCUCGAGCACCCCUGCACCGCCAACCCAUGUCGUCUUUCAAGGCUCAAUCGUCAGAGGUCAGCACGAACGUGCAGCAGCCUACCCUGAAGUCUCCAAUCGCACUCCCAAAUUUCCGGCCCACUUCAAUCCACAUGGGAGAGGGGGUUUCAUAAAGAGGCAUUAUCUACGGGGGAGUUCAGAAUGCCAGAGCUCCUAACUCAUUUUUAUUAAGAUAGCUGAUUAAAUAUUAAAUUAUCUGAUAUAUUUAUUAUUCAUAUCUGAUAUUAAGCUACUAGGUAUAGUCAUACAGCACAUGCUAUAUAUUGAUGAAAAAUACAGUAGCAUAACGAGCUUUCCCAGCUGACCAGAUAUACAUUGUGUCACUGGAAAACAAGCAGGGUGUCCCUCUCGGGUAUUAGACACACACAGACUGACCCAGCUUGUAAAUCAGGGAGUGUGUUGCCUUCCAAAGAGGAGAGAAAGAGUGGAUUUCAGAAAGAGAGAAGACGCGCUUCCCAGGAGCAGAGAUCGGUACGGACAGCUUUGAAGACUUAUGGAAACCGAGACUGUCUUCCUCUUACGAGAAGAUAGAAACAGGCUCCUUCUCUUUCACUGUCCGAAAAGGGAAGUCGGCCGAGAAAGUCAGUGCAGUCAUCCCCUCUGGAGAGCUUACUGUCCGGACACUUCUGAUGCUCGUAUUGGGAUCAUCCUAGGAAGGGGGCAGAGCAGCAGAGCAGGGAAGUCUCUGGACUCUCACGUGGUUGGCUGGGGGUUCGAGUCCUCGCUGCACACACCCAAGUGAGGUUCUGUACCCCCAGUGACUCCAGCUGACCCCUGAGCUGUGUAAGUGAGGGGGGGAUCUUCAUUGCUGGCAGGUGGGGAAGUGAUCCCUGCCCUGGACUGGUUGUCACGCUUGUAAACCCCUCCUCUUAAGGACGCUCCAGCCCUUCCUUGUUCUGUCCUCGUCACCUGCACCUGCCUCCGGUUCCUGCCCCCCGUCCUAUAAAAGCCAGACGCUCACUCUGUUCCGCGCUCCGCACUGGUUCCUGUACCAGGCGAGUCUGGGAGCGCCUGGUCCCGGCAAGUUUAUAACUCCUGUGCAUGUUCCGACCCGGUUCCCGUUUUGAAUCCCCUUUGUCUUCGUCUCGGAUGGACUGCCUGGCUCUGGAAUUUUGCCUCGUCUCGGAUUCCCCUUUGGACUCAGUUUUGGACUGUCGGCCUCGGCCACACCUCCCCCGAACACCAGCGCCCCCUGUUCUCAUUCCUGACCCCUGCAUGCCUUUUUCCCCGUGUUUUCCUCACUCUACCCCGGAUGGUGUCGUCUGCAUAGGGUCCUGAAAGAACGCCUUUGUGACACUGGUGUCCCGUUCAGGGUAGGUGAGGGGAUCGCGAGCUCUCCCCGCGGAAGAAACCAGGAUGAGCUCUGGGCCCAUGAGCUACGUUUCUCAAGAGAGGAGGCCUCUUUCCUUCGGACACAUCGGCACCAAGGUGGAGACUCCACCUGCCACCCCUCCAUCAGCCAUGACGGAAAUCAAGCUGUCAAACGCAUUCGAAGACGAGGUGUCUGGAUCCCCAGCGAUCGAUAUAACACUGAUUAUUUGGAAAAAGCUGGCCCAAACGAUUCCAGACCGGCUUAACCAAACUCGUCAGGGCUGUGGAAAUGUACCGAAAGAGCCGUGCAAGCUCUGAUCAUCGAGUUUAACAACACUCCCGGAGCCAGCUACAGGAGAUACACGUACCACUGUGCGUCAGUUACAACCGCAAACAGCCGAGAAGCACGUCAGGGCUGGAAAACAAUAUCGGCAGGAUCAGCAAAAUAGGAGAGGACUACUGCUCCUUCUUCAUUCACUGCCACCGAAGCAACCACUGGAACGAUCUGGGGUUGCUGUCUGGAUGGGACUCGCAAAGCAUUCUCAUAUUUGGCGCUGAUCGAGCUGGGCGAAUGAAGUGGACAAUGGCGAGGAAGAUGAUGCAGAGCAGGAGGGAUGGUCUUGACAGAACAAGAGGACUCCGUCAGGGAGGGCCAGGGGGGUGGGAGGGGGGAGUUCACUCAAAGGGGUGUGGGGGUGUGGUAUAACAUCCAGCCCAGAGCAGGUUUGAUCCUCUUUGCUCGAGAUGAACACGCGUGCCUGUAAACACUCUGGUCUCCCUCUGCUGGCGGGGAGUGCUUUAGUGCUAGAAGAAAAUUAAAUAUCCGAAACCAUAGAACAAACAAAUCUGCACCCUAACCCAGGCCCUGUAAGAGAGAGGGGAAUAAGCUGUUUAAAAGACACUGCUUCCAAAAUAACCAAUGCAUUUUUUUUUUUAGCAUGUGAAAGAACAGAGGGUUUUUGUUUUGGCAUUAAACAGCUGUCACGAGGGGAAAUCUGCUCUUUUCAUGAUCUCUCCCCCCCCUUGUGGCCUCCCCCAGCAGAAAACGCCGUCACCUCCCCCUGGCCAGUCCAGCUGGGCCACAUCUGGGAGCUCAGAACGAACAGCACCUUCUCGGCUUUGCCUCUCUGUUGCAAAAAAAACAAAAGUUGUGUGAAUGGAGUCCGACUGAAGCACUGGGGUUUGUACCCUUCAUAUUAAAAUGUGUCCGGAUGCCAUCCGUCAA